AUGGCCAUGGCCAGACAGACAACAAGCAGGCCAGCACCACUCGCCAAUGGCUUCGGGAUCCUGGCCCAGUUCCUGACUGCGCAGACAUGGGCUGCCCCUGAGACGCAGAAUCACUGGCGGCGGCUGGACAACAAGUUCAACCGCCUGGACAGGCGAAAGCGCGUGGGUGCCUCAGUUCUGCAUCUCUCCUCGCGUGCCCUCGCCUCACGACUUGACGACCUCCAAGAACGGGGGACGGGUCGCCGACAACGCGAUUGUUGUGCGAGUCAAAAGGCAUCUGCUGAUGCCUACCUCGUGGGCUCUCAGGUUUCACGCCGUAAUGCGGGCCAAUCGAAACGCGAUUGUGCAGAUCUCCGACAAAGGAGCAGAAGCAUGACUACCGCCUUUCAGGCCAAUAGCCUGGCGCCAAUGGGUUGGAACUUGGAGGCGAAGGUCGAAAAUAGAUCGUCAUGA